ACAACAGCACUUUUUCAACUAUCAAUGUAGAUGUUACAUACCAGCAGUGAACUCCCAGCCCCUCUCCCUUCUCGUCUCCUCUGAGGCUUCCACCCGAACACAACGAGACUGACUGGGAUACACCCUCCAAAACCACUGCAGGUCUGACAGACGCCGUGCAUCACUCACAAUCUAGGGUACAAGUUCAACAUUGGGAUCAGGACAUUGACAACAGAGAAUGGACCCACCCAGGCUAAAUUCUUCCCUGCAAAUGAGGAAUCUAUGCUGCUUCCUGGGACUUAUAAAGGCAAAGUGGCCUUUAUUACUGGAGGAGGAACAGGGUUGGGUAAAGGAAUGACCACAACACUGUCUGCACUAGGGGCAGAAUGUGUCAUCGCUAGCAGAAAGCUGGAUGUUUUGAAAAAAACUGCAGAGGAAAUAACGUCUCAGACGGGAAAUAAGGUCCAUGCUGUGCAGUGUGAUGUUAGGGACCCAAAGUCCAUUGAAGCUGCUGUGGAUCAACUGGUGGAUGUUGCUGGUCUCCCUGAUGUGGUGAUCAACAACGCUGCAGGGAACUUCAUCUCCCCCUCAGAGAAGCUGUCGGCUAAUGCCUGGAGGACCAUCACAGACAUCGUCCUGAACGGCACUGCCUUUGUCACUCUGGAGCUGGGCAAGAGGCUGAUACUGGCUGAGAAGGGUGCUGCGUUUCUGGCCAUCACCACCAUCUACGCAGAGUCUGGCUCUGGAUUUGUAGUGCCUAGCGCGGCUGCCAAAGCAGGAGUGGAAACCUUGUGCACGUCUCUUGCUGCAGAAUGGGGGAGGUAUGGCCUAAGGUUUAAUGUAAUUCAACCAGGACCAAUCAAAACAAAGGGGGCUUUCAGUCGACUGGACCCAACUGGCAUGUUCGAGAAGGGCAUGAUCAGCCGAAUACCCGUGGGCAGGCUGGGCACGCCUGGAGAGAUUGCCAACUUGGCAGCCUACCUGUGCAGUGACUACGCCAGCUGGGUGUCAGGAGCGAUCAUUCGAAUGGACGGUGGAGAGUACGUCUCCUUGGCAGGAGAGUUCAAUGACCUAAGGAAGGUCACGAAGGAGCAGUGGGCUAUGAUGGAAACUAUGAUCAGGGGCACCAAGGGAUCCUGAGAAGACAGGAAGUCAUGACUACCCCUGUUAAAGCUCUGUUGUCCCCCACACAAUCAUACUAUACACAUCUCAAUAUUUCCCUCUGUGUCUGGCUAGGAACAGAGAUUAUACUGUGCCAGGGAAUGCAGCACCCACACACAACAUUGCUGUUACCCACUGAUGACAUAAUCAUUUGUUUUUGCUAUUAUGCCUUAAAGAAUACACCAUGAAAGUCACCCUUUGGGCCUGGUUUUGUAGGCUAUGGAUAGGCCUGGUACCUGCAUCCUGAACUUCAUGGAAAAAUCUGCUGUCAUAUAAGAUGUUAUCAGGUUUUUAGAGUACAUUUUUAUAUGCUGGUUAUCUGUUGUCUGUACAAUAGCUCGUAUUUUUCUUUUGUUUUGGAUUUUCCCAAUAAGUGUUGUUUUUGCAUUUAAAGACAUCCUGUAGUGGUCUAAUGUAAAACACAUCAAAUGGAUUUUAACAUAAAAGGUUUUGCUCUUUUUUGAGUUCACUUCCAGUAAUCCUAUUCAAUAAUUGUCUUGUGGUUUGUGUGAGGAUCACAUAGAUUUGUCUGUAUUCAUUAUAUUAAAUAAAAGAGAGAAAUUGUA